AUGUUUUGGGAAAAACACGUUAUCAUCGACAUGCUUCCAAUCUAUAUAACCAUAUAUAUAGGGCGUGGUGUAAAAGAGAAGCUGGGAAAAAGACCUUCCACAAUUCUCACGCUAUGGGCAGCUGUUUCUCUUGCUUUAAUGAUGCUGAUAAAAUGGGGGUGGGCAUCGGCAAAAAUGAAGCACGAAACUACCAUGGAGCCACAAUCACUGUGGGAUCGGGAACAAACGGCAGGGACAUCCGUGACUCCUUCAAUAACCAAGGAGGGUCCCAGAAUUUCAAUGGUAACAACAUUAAUAGCCAUUGAAACUAAUCGAACCUACUAUCAAUGGGGUGCUGAUGUAGUUCUGUUGUUUUGGCUGCAACUGUUUCAAGCAAUGUUAAAGUGUGGAGAGAUAGAUGGUGGAGUUACCAAGGAUGACUUCUACAUGCUACUUUUCUUCUCGGAGGAGAAAUAG